GAUUAAAACCUAAAUUUUUUGAGUUAAAUAUUUUUAGGUUUUAGGUUAGGGUUAGAAAUGGCCUUAUAUUUCCCGGCAUUUAAUAGCUGUUGUCUCGCCCCCUCCAUAAUCUCCAAUUUCCACGAGUGGCAUGGUUUCUCUCACGAUUUCUGUACCAACCACAAGAUUAAAGGGAAGGUUUCAAUCUUAUCCACCUUACCUUUGUUAUUUCCGAUUAAACCUUCUCGAAUGGUUGGUUGUUCGAGUCAUCUGUGAAGACAAUAAACUUGCACCCCAUCUGUUUGAUUUAUUGUCUCAAUGAAGUCAUUGUCCUCUUGCUGUUGCAGUUUAAUUUCGGAGUGCCGGCUUGAAGGGUAAUUUAGAGAGUACAUUUUUUUGCAGCGAACAAUGACCUGUAGACAUAUAGAGAAGUUUAUCUACGGUGCAAAGCAUCUAAUGGCUAAGCGAAAUGGAGCGUUGCAUGUGAAUGUGAAGCUGUUUCAUUGGUCGGAGGAGUCUCGUGAAGAGCCUUUGCCCCCAGAGUGGUAUCAGAGGGCAUUCCCGAAGUUGACAAGAUUAACCCAGUUGUUAAAAAAUGUUGACUUGAUUGAUGGAAGGCUCGUCAAUGUCAGUGAUGAUUCGAUUAUCAUUGAUGAUCGUACUGAAAAGAGAAUGCUUACUUUCAAGUCACUUGCCAGGGUCUUUAUUGGAGCUCCAUUAGUACAGAAAGAGCUGAGGAAUAAUGUGGCGGCAUUGUCAGGAGGUAGAAUCUAUAAUCCGUUUGUGUGUUUUGGUACACCUACUGAAAGGGAGCCCAUGAUUGUGAAUUCACUCUCGGUAGUAGGUGGCUUUCUGAACAUCUCUGCCCAACAAAGGCAGUCGGUGCGUGUCACAAUAUCCCCACAGGUCACACAACAUCGCAUAUGGACAGGGAUGCUCGAGGAGGUACUCAAUGGAUUGAAAUCCGAGUUGGAUUAUCUAGAUUAUCAGUACCCAAGCAAUGGGAUAAAAAUGGGGCAGCAGAUAGUUUCUAGCUGUCUAAAGUUCUUGGCCGACACAUCCACCUCCAUUUCAUAUGAAAACGACUUCUCUUCAUGGACACGCCUUGUGCCUGCCAAAGUUAUUGACUCUUCUGGUUUGCAAAAAUGGGAAGAUGUUCUUGAGAUGUUCAACGACCUCAUUGAUUGGUUGAAAAAUGAAAGGAGGUUACUUACUUCCAUAGAAAAGCUUGAGGUAAUGAAAGAGGGGCUGUCUCAAAUCAAGGAUGUGCUGACUGAUCGAAGUAUAGGACACAAGGAAGUCCGGCAUCAAGAAAGCUUAGUGCAGAAGAAGUUGACGAAGACAUUGGGUCAUUCAUCAAAGUGCUUGUUCACACUUUUGUUAUAUUACCUCUAUGGGCGUGUUAGAGAUAUUGAAGUGGACAUACGCGGUGGUAUUUAUAGCUGUGGUAGUGGGGAUGAUUUCUACUUGUGCAUGGGAAGGAUUGUGACUUCAGACGAGGAGGAGAUGGUGUGGAGCGGGGUGAGGCAGUUAGACAGGGCUCUUGGGCUUUUCAAGUUUGUAUGGGAAACAGCAGGGAUGAAAGGAGCUUUACAACUGCAAGGCCAUGUAUGGUGUGUAGGGACUGAGGGCAGAGUUCUUACAUAUAGAGGAAACACGUUUUUUGUACAUGGGAUUCAUGUUUGAGCAACGGUUGUCUAAG